GCUUAUCAGUUGUCGGAUAGCUUUUUGUGUCGGCAGCAACUUUGGGCUCCUACAAUCUGUGACCAAAUAGAAAAUACAUAGCAACGUAUAUAAUACAAAAUUCAAACCUAUAAGUAAUAAUUUUUUCCAAACUUCGAUCGAGAAGAAAACUAUGAGCCGCUCAUCAAUUACAAUAACUUCGAGGAGACUAUCACAAUAAUUAUGCCUAUAACGCACAGUUUAGUAAAUACAUCCGAGAGAAAGAUUUAUUUGGCUUGCUUCCUGCUCUCCAACGUUGUUAUGCUCCUUGCACUGCCUUUGGCUCUGCCAGUAAUCGACGACGGUUCGGACUGUAAGGCUAUUGCAACUUGUGAUCCGUUUCUGCCCAUCUGUGCAACCUCAUCAAAUGAGCACCAAUUUUUCUACAGCCACUGUGAAAUGUUGCGGGAAACCUGCCUUACCGGGAAGACUUGGAAAAUGGAUUACUUCAGCCAUUGCAACGUCAGUAAGCUUUAGCACGUAAAGGCUUGUAUUGCCUAUGGACCGUAGGCCGAUUAUAGAACAAUCGAGUUCAAACAAUUUUUGUGUAUAUACAAACAUUUAUAAUAAAACGGCUU